AUGGAUGAUACUCUAUGUUCAAACAUUGAUUUUUUGAGGAUGUGUUUACCCGAUGAAUCAAGCAAACCCGCAACAGCUAAGAUUAAUACCAUUACAAAUUUCAAUAAGUACUGUCCUAAUGGAGAUUGUAAUGCUGAACUAGAUCAAAUUACGAUUGGAUUUUUAUGGUUGCUUGAAAAAUAUUUUACUAAAUACAUAAUUAGAGACAAUACUGAAUAUAAUACUGAACCAUUUUUUAUAUAUAUAAUCUUAUGGUUAAGUUAUAAAUUAAAUAAAAACACAGAACACAGAACCACCCAAAUAAACGAAUUUUAUAAUAAACAUGUAAAAAAUAGUAAUAAAUAUAAACAAUUUAUAAGUGAAGCUUAUAGAAUUUCAGGUAUUGAGGAAUUUAUAAAUAAACAAAAAGAAUUGUUGAAUAUUAAUAUUAAAGAUCUGUCUAAAUUUUAUGAUGCAUCCAAAUUAAUAUGUAAUAUGUAUGGUAAUUUGGAAACGAAUAUAAAUGAGGAUGCACUGUUAAAUAAUGCGAAUGAAUUUGUUAAAAAAUAUCAAGAAUUUAAUGGAUAUUAUAAUAAUACUGAUGGUAGUUCAUAUCAACAAAUAUUGACUGCUUUGUCAACCGAUUAUGAUAAUUUAAAAAAUAAAAGUACCAAUAUUACAUCUCUUCCAGAGAUAACAGAAGACGUGUCUGCAUACACAUCUAGAGUUACAUCAUCAAGUUCGUCGACAGGAAACAAAUUAUUUACAGUUUUAUCGAUAUUUGGUGCAAUAGCAUUUUUUUUAGGAAUUUCUUAUAAGUAUUCGUUAUUUGGAUUUCGGAAAAGAUUUAAAAAACAACAAAUAAGAGAAAAAAUAAAAAAUAUAAAGAAGAGAAUGAAUCAUUAA